UCUGCCUCAUUUGAUGGCUAAGGGCAAUGAGCGAACGAUGAUGCAGAUGAAUACAAGAACUCGUAUAUUGUAAAAAUCAGACACGGAGUACAAAUCUUCGAACCAAGAUGUUCAUUUCACCAUGAUAAACAAGCAUUCUUCGGUUUCGUGACGAGUCGUUUUCGCAGGAAAAGAUUGCGUUUGCCUGAAAAAGGCGUGAUUAACAUUUUGACGCCGUGGAAGGAAAGAUCUACGUAUUGCUACGUUUCUAAACAAAGGAGGAAAACAACGACGUGUGUAACCUAUUGAUUUGUAAUAAUACCUGAAAGAGCGGACUGACCAAGUUCUGUGUUGUUUUAUACACACCAAUAGCGUGAUAAUGGGUAAUGGAGCCUCAUACAACAAGCCACGCACCAUUUAUUUAGAUCUCGAUGGGAGGAUUGAAAAGAUCAUCUUCAGUACCCAUUGUGGAUCCCGGGAUAUCCAUGAUCUUCUAACCUCAGCCGCCGGUGUGAGUAGAUGGGCAACCAUAGCUCUCAAGGAUCAGCAAGGAGCAUUGGUUUCUAUAGCUCCAACAAUGCCCAUUAACACAACAAGGGAUCCAUACAAGGUGGUUGUCACUCAAAACCGUCCUGGUGAAGGAAACCGAAUAGGAUAG